AUUUAGGGUGGUAACAUUCUAUCUGUAUUCUGUGGUGGUAACAAUACAAAACUAAACAACUAAUUAUCAGCCAUUUCCGUGUGUAUUGGAGUCUUAGAAAAUAAUUGGAGUUCACAAUUUAGAUUUGAUUUUGAAUUCUGUGAUUUUAGUUCAAACCAAUAAAAUAACAUAGAUUUUAGUAUAGAACAAUAGAAUUUAAGUUAAGGUAAUAUUAUUCAAGUCGAAUGAAACAUUUUACAAUUUAAUAAUUUAAUAUUUUUCAUUAUUUGUACAGAUGAAUGCUUCUACUAGCGGUAAUUCGUUGGAUGUUUCGAACGCAUCAAAUGCUUUAUGGCUUGUAAAAGUGCCUAAAUACAUUGCAGACAAAUGGGAUAAUGCUCCCAGUGGUCUAGAAGUCGGUAAAGUUAAGGUUGUUAAUGUCCAAGGCAAAAGACCCGAUAUUUCUCUUAAUCUUUCUGAAGCUCUUUUGUGCUUGGACAGUGAAAAAAACAGUGAACCGAUACCAAAAUCGUUCAAACUAGACUCAAAAUCCAUUCCUGGGCAAACAAUAGGUGUAUUAGCUGAACACAGGGCACCAUAUGAUCCAGAUGCAGUUGUUCAAGAACCUGAUAAGUUAUCUAUAAAAGGGAAAAUAAGUCAAAAACUAGAAUGUCGGCCAAUUGGUGAUCAGGUGAUUAUUAUACCUUAUUUUAGGCAUAAAUUCACAUUAGUUACCCAAAAGAUUUUUUAAUUUUUUUUGGGGACAUGUAUUUCAACGAGUUAAAAUAAUUUUUAUAAAAAAUUUUUCAAAAACCAUUAUUUUUGAAGUGUAACUAUAAGCCGUAUAUUAUGCAUGAGAAUAAAUUUAGUUUAGCGACCACACGAAAACCACGCAGAAAACGUCAACCGUGUUUUUUGAAAAUAAUGAAUUUGUGAAAUUUUACAUUUUUCCACUUGCCUGUUUUUAUUUAAAAAGUGGCGUCGAAAAUCAAAUAAAUUACAUCUUUAAACUACAAUCUAGACAACUUAAGCUUUCAGAAAAGUUGUUGCGCGUAAACAUCGGUUCAAGUUUAUUAGGAAAAAAUGUAUUCAUAGACCAGAAAAAAUAAAAAAUAAAAAUCUUAGUAAACCAAUAGCUCCUUUGCUAUACUAGGAAUCUAAAAUCAAAAAAUCUGUUGGUUAGCUAAAGUGAAUUUGUUCCUUAUUUUAUUCUUCAUUGUUGCUAUUUGAAUCAAAUAUUUUAUUUAGGUUUAUAUGGAUUUAAAAAAACAUGCUAUACGAAAAGCGCAACUUCCAACUAGACAAGUACAAAAAUUGGAUAAAGUUGUACAAAACUUCAAGCCGAUAUCAGAUCAUAAACACAACAUAGAAUACAAUGAAAAGAAAAAGUCUGAAGGCAAAAAGGCUCGUGAUGAUAAGGAUGCUGUCAUGGCUAUGUUGUUUAAGGCGUUUGAGAAACAUCAAUAUUACAACAUCAAAGAUUUGGUAACAUUGACUAAACAGCCAGUUGUGUAUUUAAAAGAAAUCUUAAAAGAGGUUUGCAAUUAUAAUCUCAAGCAUCCACAUAAGAAUAUGUGGGAGUUGAAACCUGAGUACAGACAUUAUAAAGAUAAAGAUGAAACAGAGACAAACUAGUAUACAAGUAUUUUAAUUUAUAUCAAAUAAAAUAUAAUACAUUUAAAAAAUAAUAGGUAUUAGAUACGUUUUAAAUUUAAAUUAUUAAGUUAAUUGAAUUGUACUACUUUAAAUUACAAGAAAAUAUGAAUUAUCAAUUAAAAUUAAUUAGAAAUAUAAUUUUACAUUUUAUUCAUAAUUUGUUUAAGUUUUUACCAAAUGUACAUAGAAUGAUAAUCUGAUACUAUCUAUUAUAUUGUAUACAUUUAAUUUUUAUUGUAAAAUUAUACAAAUGUAUUCAUACAUAUUCUUAGAAUUAUUGAUUUUUACAAUAUUGUCAUUCAUUUAAACUUAAAUCAGAUUUGUAAAAAAUAUUUUAUUUUCUAUAAUUCUGUGAAAAUUGAUUCCAUUUCUAGGCAUCUGUAUUAAACAAUUUAAAUAUUCAUAAUUUAUAGUUUAAAACAGUUAUUUCCCUCUAUUAAAAAAUAUAUAGACUUGCAUUUAUUUUAUCCUUAAAUUAUUUCUAAUCUUCAAAUUCCAAUUUUUUUUAUUAAAAAUAUAGUUUAUAGUUGUAAUCCAACCUUAAAUAAAUUACUGUAAUUACAAAUUUUGAUAUUUUAUUGUUAGUUCAAUGAUUAGGUUUAUAAUAAAAGUUGUAUUUCUAUUUUAUUAUGUACGCGAUCAGAUCAAAAUAUCAAAUAUUGAUCAUUGGAGGUGUGGACUCAUUUAAAGUCAUCUGCGAUGCCAAACAAUUUUUUACAAUUUACAAUGGUUUAUUUUAUUUUUAGUUUUUUGUGCUGUGACAAAAAUGUUUACCAGAAAUCUUGCUCUGAUAUGUAUGUGUGGCAUAAUUUCUGAAAGGAGAUAUUGUCUUGAUGUUACUUUAAGGAGU